AUGUUCCUCGUCACGCCUAAACCGAAGGCCAACAGUAACAGCGACUCCAAUCCUCCUACCAUUCGACCCAUAGCCAAGAUCACUGCUACUUCCAAAGUAGCCAGAGUGCAGACAGCAUGCGAUCGAUGUCGUAUGAAGAAGGUCAAGUGUGAUGGCGACCUACCUUGUCUACGGUGUUUCCAGGACAAGCUCCUGUGUGUCACCACUAAAAAGGCGUCCAACGACCCAAAGGGAGGGACUGAGAGAGUAAGUCAAUCAUACUCAUCAUAA